ACAGACCGAGAGAGGGACCAGGAGAGAAACCCAGAGGAAGAGAAGAGGAAGCCGAGCUCUGUCAGGGCUCAACCUCCAACUUGUUUCAGUUCAUUCAGCCUUCUCUUCUUUCCGCUUCGGGGAAGUGACUGUGGCGCUUGGUCUCUCCAAGUUGGUGCCAAAGAAGAUGAUAAUCACACAAAUGAAUUAUCUCUACAUGCACAGCCUUGGGAUUCUCUUCCUGAUUAAUGUUAUCCCAGGAACAACUGGUCAAGGGGAAUCAAGACGACAAGAACCUGGGGAUUUUGUGAAGCAGGAUAUUGGCGGGCUCUCUCCUAAGCAUGCCCCAGAUAUUCCUGAUGACAGCACUGACAACAUCACCAUCUUCACCAGAAUCCUGGAUCGUCUUCUUGAUGGCUAUGACAACAGGCUGCGCCCUGGGCUUGGAGAUGCAGUGACUGAAGUCAAGACUGACAUCUAUGUGACCAGUUUUGGCCCAGUGUCAGACACUGACAUGGAGUACACCAUUGAUGUAUUCUUUCGACAGACCUGGCAUGAUGAGAGACUGAAAUUUGAUGGACCCAUGAAGAUUCUUCCACUCAACAAUCUCCUGGCUAGUAAGAUCUGGACUCCUGACACCUUCUUCCACAAUGGCAAGAAGUCAGUGGCCCAUAAUAUGACAACACCUAACAAGCUGCUCCGACUGGUGGACAAUGGAACCCUCCUCUACACGAUGAGGUUAACAAUUCAUGCUGAGUGCCCUAUGCAUCUGGAAGAUUUUCCCAUGGAUGUGCAUGCCUGCCCACUGAAGUUUGGAAGCUAUGCCUAUACAACAGCUGAAGUGGUUUAUUCUUGGACUCUUGGGAAGAACAAAUCUGUGGAAGUGGCACAGGAUGGCUCUCGCCUGAACCAGUAUGACCUGUUGGGCCAUGUUGUUGGGACAGAGCUAAUCCGGUCUAGUACAGGAGAAUAUGUCGUCAUGACAACCCACUUCCAUCUCAAGCGAAAAAUUGGCUACUUUGUGAUCCAGACAUACUUGCCAUGUAUCAUGACUGUCAUUCUGUCACAGGUGUCUUUCUGGCUCAACAGAGAGUCUGUCCCUGCCCGCACAGUCUUUGGUGUUACCACUGUUCUCACCAUGACCACCUUGAGUAUCAGUGCCAGAAACUCCUUACCUAAAGUGGCAUACGCGACGGCCAUGGACUGGUUCAUAGCCGUCUGUUAUGCCUUUGUAUUUUCUGCGCUGAUUGAAUUUGCCACUGUCAACUACUUUACCAAGCGGAGUUGGGCUUGGGAAGGCAAGAAGGUGCCUGAGGCCCUGGAGAUGAAGAAGAAGACACCAGCAGCCCCAGUGAAGAAAACCAGCAGCACCUUCAACAUUGUGGGGACCACCUAUCCCAUCAACCUGGCCAAGGAUACCGAGCUUUCUACCAUCUCCAAAGGUGCUGCUUCCAGUGCCUCCUCAACCCCAACAAUCAUUGCUUCACCCAAAGCCACCUACGUGCAAGACUGCCCCACUGAGUCCAAGACCUACAAUAGUGUCAGCAAGGUUGACAAAAUUUCCCGCAUCAUCUUUCCCGUGCUCUUUGCCAUAUUCAAUCUGGUCUAUUGGGCCACAUAUGUCAACCGGGAGUCAGCUAUCAAGGGCAUGAUCCGCAAACAGUAGAUAGUGGUGAUGAUGCGGCAACCAGAGCACUGUGUACCCCAUGAAGCAUCCAGGCACACAAACCCUGGGGCUUCCCUUCAUAUGUUUUGGGAGUCUUCUUUUUAACCCCCCACCAAGCUGUGACCAUCAAAUAUAUUUAUGGAUCUUGAUGAAAAAUCAAUAACAAAAAAAUUACUUGUCCCUCUAACAUGGCUGAGUGUAUGCCCAUCUGAGCCAAACACUGCCAUUUGCCAAGUUGCUCUUCUUAGUCUGCCAGUCUCCCCCAGCUGAGGGCACUGCAUGUCUUUUAUUGCACUCUGCCCACUGCAGAAAGAACAGGAGAGUCCACUCCCUAUAGUGGGAUCCUUGACUGUUUGAGAGGUCCAGAUUGAGGAGAAUUACUGACUGGUCAAGAUCAGAUGACUUACUUACUAGGGAGCCAGGCAGGGCUAUUCUACCAUGCCUGCCUACAACAGGGCCUACUAAGCAAAAGUACUGAUAGCAAAGGCAGGAGUCACUGUGAACCUCUUUCUUGGCUUGGAGGUUAGUGGGGACAAUGGAAGCCCACCACUGUCCACCAUUUAUGGCCAAAACAGAACUAAACGGGUCAUCCUGGCACCAAGACUGCUGGUGCCUUGCCAUGCCCAGCCCCUCAGGAUAAGUAUCCUCCUUGGUAUAUCUCUCCUCCAGGAAAGCCCUCAGCCUUCAAUCCCUUUGCCCUUCUUGUAGCUAACUGGGCACUGCUUUGUUUGGAUUUAUUAUUACCUGCAAACUGUUCAGGAAAAGGAUCAAGUAUUUUUUAUUUAAACAAAAAGAGGACAAAUAGAAACAAAAAAAAAAUCUAGAUCCAGUGCCAAUGCAAGAAUUUUUAAAAGGAGGGGGACAUUAGGAAGUCACCACCCUGUCAAGGUCACUAGUCAAGUACUAGAAGGGGCAAGAGGUUUGGGAGUGGGGUGGUAUUUGGGGUUUGAAGUCUGGCUCAAAAGAGAAGGCCACUGACAGGUGAAAGUCAAAUUCUUCCUUCCAUACUCCCUCCAUCCCCCAACCCUGGCCCAGGCUCAGGAACUUUGCUCCUACUAUAUCAGAUACUCCUGGUCCUCUGUUGAUGCUGAUUCUGGGAGGAGUGAGUUGGAGAUUCAUACAAAUAUCUCUAGUUGAUUUUUGAGUCAACUAAAUCAUUAACUUUAUUAACAGUUUUGUAAUAUAUUAUUUAGGGGCCAAUCUGUCUCAUCUGUUCUUAAUCUCUAUAUGAAUAAAAGGGACAGGCAAAAUUGGGGAAUUUUUAUGAGGUAGAUAAACUGAGUUCCAGAAAUUUGAUUGACUUGCCAGGGAUCCUUACAACUGUCUAUAAUAGAGAAGUAUUAUGUGCCCCUUCCCAAAGGCCAAAAUGAAGACAGACUGAGAAUUCAGCUCUACCUUGACCUCAGAUUCAACGUAGUUUCAGUGGACCUGCUGGGUCUUGAGUGCAGUUCGGUUGGAUACCACAAAGGGUUAUAGAGAGUCACAAUGUGUCACCCAAGGAGACCACUUCUAAUAUUCAUGGCUCAAGGGAAUGAGAUUGUUUUUAAGAUGGCAGCCCUGGCCACUUUGGAUCUGAAUAUCUGCACUAGCCCAGAGUAGCCCAGAAGCCCAAGGUAAAGCUGUAGAUGGCACCAGAAGCAGAUUCUCCCUGCCCACCCCCUGAACAAAGCUUCUAAGGGGUCUUUCACAAGCUGCUGGUUGCCUUUUCAUCUACCCACCCCCAUCCCCCACUUCCUUGCCAUUGCUGGGAUAACGCAUGCCAGUCCCAUUAUUCCUAAGAUUUUCUAUAGGUAAAUUCAUGAAUAGAAGAGUAUAGUCUCGUGGAUAUGUGGAUAUGUGGGGAUGUGGGUGGGGUGGGCAGGGCUAUUAAUGAUUGUCUUAAGGAAUUUAGAAUGGAAGCCUGACC